CAGUUUUAAGUACGAGAGCAGCACAGUGAGUGCAUGUCUGUUAUUUACGGUCUGCAGCAGAGCUGAUGUGUUGCACUGUGACGAAUCACAUACUCUGCAUGCGCCAAUCAAACCCAAAGCUCCCGCCCUCCUCGUCCCCUGCCAGCCAAUCAGCAGCCUCCCCAGCCAGCCCUCUGCUGCUUGAGAUCACAUGAUCUCCUCCGGCCAAUCGGUGGCCUCCCUUACACGGCUGACAUCACUAACUAGCUGCUUCCCUCCAGCAGCGGAGCUUCAUUUUCUGCUGAGAGUGUUUGUGCUAAAAUGGAGGCUAACAGCUCGACGUAGCCGUCUCGCGCCCGAUCCGACCCGUAGAUGUUGACAUGCUCUAAAGAGGAGGCCAGGAUGGUUCUGGAUGCUCCGAGUGCCAACGGCCCCUUUCAGCCGGUGGCCCUCAUGCACUUUAGAGAUGUUCCUCCCGCCGAGCAGGAGAAGUUAUUCGUGCAGAAGCUGCGUCAGUGCUGCGUUCUCUUCGACUUCAUCUCUGACCCGUUGAGCGACCUGAAAUGGAAGGAGGUGAAGCGUGCGGCGCUCAGCGAGAUGGUGGAGUACAUCACCCACAACAGGAACGUCAUCACCGAGCCCAUCUAUCCUGAGGUGGUGCACAUGUUUGCGGUCAACAUGUUUAGGACGUUACCUCCAUCAUCCAACCCAACCGGCGCAGAGUUUGACCCCGAGGAGGACGAACCCACGUUAGAAGCGGCCUGGCCUCACCUGCAGCUCGUCUAUGAAUUUUUCCUGCGGUUUCUAGAGUCACCGGACUUUCAACCGAACAUAGCCAAGAAAUACAUCGACCAGAAGUUUGUGAUGCAGCUGCUGGAUCUGUUCGACAGUGAAGAUCCUCGAGAGCGUGACUUCCUGAAGACGACCCUCCACCGCAUCUACGGGAAGUUCCUGGGGCUCAGAGCGUACAUCAGGAAACAGAUUAAUAACAUUUUCUAUAGGUUCAUCUAUGAAACAGAGCAUCAUAACGGAAUAGCCGAACUACUGGAAAUAUUAGGAAGCAUCAUUAACGGCUUCGCCUUACCGCUGAAAGAAGAGCACAAAAUCUUCCUUUUAAAAGUGUUGUUACCUUUGCAUAAAGUCAAGUCCCUCAGUGUUUAUCACCCACAGCUGGCGUACUGUGUGGUUCAGUUUCUGGAGAAGGACAGCACUCUCACAGAACCGGUGGUGAUGGCUCUUCUGAAAUACUGGCCAAAGACUCACAGUCCAAAGGAGGUGAUGUUUCUGAACGAGCUGGAAGAGAUCCUGGACGUCAUCGAGCCGUCAGAGUUUGUUAAAGUCAUGGAGCCGCUCUUCAGACAGCUGGCCAAAUGCGUCUCCAGUCCACAUUUCCAGGUCGCGGAGCGAGCGCUCUACUACUGGAAUAACGAGUACAUCAUGAGUUUAAUCAGUGAUAACGCGGCCAGGAUCCUGCCCAUCAUGUUCCCCUCGCUCUACCGAAACUCCAAAACCCACUGGAACAAGACGAUCCACGGGCUGAUCUAUAACGCUCUCAAGCUCUUCAUGGAGAUGAAUCAGAAGCUCUUUGAUGACUGCACACAGCAGUUCAGGGCCGAGAAGAACAAAGAAAAGGCCAAGUGGAAAGAGCGCGAGGAGGCGUGGAUAAAGAUCGAGAAUCUCGCCAAAUCAAACCCACAGUUCCUGAUGUACGUCGACUCCAGCAGCCUCAGCAGUCCAGUGGACAUGGAGACAGACGGGCCGUGCAUUGAGGACGUCAUGAUGCUGAAGAAGACCGUAGAAGAAGAAGCCAUUCAGCUCCACAGAGACCAGCGUAGAGAACGUCCCCUGAUGCGACGCAAGUCCGAGCUGCCUCAGGAUACCUCCACCAUGAAUGCCCUGGAGACGCACCGGCGUGCCGAGGACAUGAUCGGUGCCCAGGAUGGCCACUAGAGGACCACAGACGCCCGAAACCCAGACCAGUCUCAGUCUGCACCUUCAGCACACAUAACC